CGCUAACCGGAAAAACAGUGACACUAGAUGCAUCACCAGCAGACACAAUUAAUACUUUGAAGGCAAAAAUUCAAGAUAAAGAAGGUAUUCCGCCUGAUCAACAACGUUUGAUAUUUGCUGGCAAGCAGUUAGAAGAUGAUAGAACGAUGAGCGACUACAAUAUACAAAAAGAAUCAACUCUUCAUCUUGUUCUGCGUCUACGCGGUGGUCCUGGUCCUGCUCGUAAAUCAACUUCUGUAAACACAAACAGUGCUAAAAAACCAAUAGUCACAACAGAUGAGGAAAACUACGAAUCACUGGAUGCUGCUCAAAUAAGUGGUUUGGCAGAACAUGUUAUCUACAAUCUAAAUUCACUUACAACGAUUCCAGCUAGACAAAGUGCACUAGUUACCAUUGAUAAAUGGUCUGUACAUGGGGAAUUAGUCUUGUAUUACGAUCCGAAAAUAAAUGAUCUGAACGCUAUUCGAGCUGUUCAUUUGUUCAACGAUACUGGAAGUGUAUUAGCACCAGGUUCAGUUGCUGUAUUGGAUGAUGGACGUUUUGUUAGUCAAUGUCAAUUUACUCCCAUGCUUCAAAAAGACGAUCAGUUAAUUAAUUAUGGUUUAGAUACAACGAUUGCAGUCACAAAAACACUACCUUCGAAUUUACAGGAAAUAAAAAUUGAAGAUGUUGAAAUAGUUUAUUCUCCAUCGGAUGAUAAUUCAAUAACAGUAAAACCUAUUGGCAUUGCACUACUACAAAAUUAUACCAAACGAACAAAAUAUCAGAUAAAAAAUAAUGCGGUUGAUCGUCGUGUAGAAAAAUUUUAUAUUGAUCAUAGUGCCGAUGCUUCAUUAGGCGGUUACGUUGUAACAAGCACAGAAAAUUGUAUCAAAUCAGUGAUGGGUUUUUCACGUUUUCAAUUAAGUUUAGAGCCACAACAAGACGUUGAAUUAAUCGUUACAGAAAAUGCUACAAGUACAAAAUAUGUUUCUAAUUUGUCUGACUUGGAAACAUUUUUGGAAAAACAAGCAAAUGAACUGCAUCAAUCAAAUGUUUUAUCUAAAUCAAUAUUAGAACUUAUUCAACGCAUUGUCAAAUGUAAAUAUAUUGAUAGUGCACUUGAUUUAAUGAUAAAUAACAAUGAACAAAAUAUAUCUGAAACGACUGUACGUGAUUGGCAAAAUAAGAAAGAUUUAUUACCAAAACAUUUCUUAGAAAAAGUAUUAACAAUAGUAGAUAUACAAAAUCGAACAAAAGAAUUGGAUCAACGAAUUGAAUAUUUAAAUGGACAUAUUAAUUCUAUAUUUACAAAUCAAGUGCGUCUAAGAGAAAAUAUUAAAUCAUUGGAGAAAAUUAAUACAUCAGAUCUAUUGAAACGAUAUUUGAAAGAUUUAAAUACAGAAGAAGAUGAUUUAGCUGAAACAAGAAAAGAAAUAAAAACACUGGACAAUGCUAAAAGUGCAUUGAGCAAAGAUUUGAAAGAAAAACGUUUUCAAUUAAAAACUGAAGCAACGGAAGAAAAGAAAAAUUUACGUAUUUGA